UGCAGUUCAUUUAUAUUUAUACUUUUCUUAAGAAGCAAAAUGUGAGGAGAAAGAAUUCUGAAAAAUUUACAUUGGAACGUUAAUUUAAAUAAUCAGUGAAAACAUAAAAAAGCAAAUUCUGUGAGGUCCAAAACUAAAUCCAAUCAUGAAAUGGUUUACUCAGAGUAAAACUCAGUAGAUGACAGUACACAAGUGUGAUAAAUGUAUGUAGUUCACUCAGUCUGCAUACUAAAAUCAUCCCCAGGGACUGAAUUCUUAGCAGGGGCUCAGGUUGGCCUUAGCUCAGGGGGGCAGUGACACCCACUGAGGGCCCUGACAUGGUGCCCUGGAACAUCGUCUGUAAAUUAUAACAUUUUAAAGACAUGAGGAAUUUUAUACAUAUUGUACAUGUUAGCUCCAAACGGUCCAUACUUACAUGUUUCAGACUAAACUGGAAAUUUGGACGACUACUAACAGCUAAAUAAUGGAAGUAAAAAACUAAAAUGUUAAAAAAUAGGCCUUAUAUGAAAUGAUAUGCCAUGAUUUGUAAAGAUAAAGACUGUUAAGUAAAUGUUCUGGAUUCAGACGAUUAUUUCAUACAGCCUGUUCGCUCCAUGUGAAGUGCUGUGGACCCUGACACGGGCUGAGGGGGCUGCAGGCUGGCCUCGCGUCGUGGACAGGCUGUUUGUUGUGUCCUGAUGAUGUGACGGAGGGAGGAGGAGGGAGGGGCUGCGAGGCGCACACGCACACGCACGUAGAACCGCUUCAUGGAAGAUGGAGGACUGUGUGUCAGCGGCGGAGCGGAUCCCCAGCCUGCAGCAACAUCACCGCUAAAAGCAGAGUUUGUGUGAUGGCAGCAUCUCUCUCAGUCCUUAUGUGCAGUGCUCCUCUCCACCUCUCUUACUCGGCUCACUUGGGUUCACUGUGCCCCCGUCCUGGCACAGAGACAGACGUCACUGACAGAGGCCUUUCAACAAAAACCUCAACAAUAUCCAGUGUCUUUCCAACUUCUUUUGUCCGGACCUCAUACAUGCACUGGCUGACACUGACAAACUCCUAAACCUAUCCUUGACACCAACCCAAACCAACCAGACCCAGAAGGCCAUGAACCCCGAGGAGACAGAGCUUGGCCAGGAAGUGAUGGAGGAGACCGAUGCCGCUCCUUGCCACCGCCACAACAACCACAAUAGUCGGUCCCACAACUACAGCAACCAAGAAAAGAGAUAUAGACGCUGUGAAGCCGCUGCUGGAGGAAGUGCUGGUGGUCGAGCCAAGCCACCACAGCAGCGCAGGCCACAGGAGGAGCAAGACAUGGAGCUACAACAUGGAGCCCAGUCUCCACAGCCACAGCUGCCCCAGCCCAUUCCAAGACCUGCGGUGACACGAUACCGCAGACAAGGAGACAGUGAGGCCCGGAUCAGAGCUCAGCAGCAGAGGCAUAGACAGAGACAGCAGAGAGAGGCAGAGAGAGCACAACAGUUAGCACAACAACUGGAGAAACAGCACCAUACAGUGAGGUGUCAGGAAGAUGAACGAGAGAGGGAUGAUUCGGCGCUGGCCCGCUCAGCAAGCACUGAGAGUGGCUUCCACACCCAUACUGACCGGGCUGAGGGGGACGAUGGUCUGGUGAUGAUGUCUCUGGAGCCUGAGGGGCAGCCAGAGCUGGAGGAUGAGGCCGGGAACUACGGAAUUCAGCUAAGGCCCGAGGCGGAGGGGUACACUGAGAGUGCCGAGGCUGAGCAGCAACAUCUCCAAUCACAUCCCAACUAUCCUCCUCAGCCCCCGCCCCUACCACAUGACCCCCUGCCAGAUAUCCAAAAUCCCCAGCUACAGGCCGAAGCAGAAGAGAUGCUGAAUGCUGGCUACUCAAACUAUGUCUACACCCAGCCCCUCAGCCACGUUGGGAGACGGCCCAACAUCUUGGCUGGUCAGAGCUUGGACAGUUUAGAUGCUGGACUUGUGGAUGAAGCCUACUCUGAGCCAUAUGAUAUUUACUCACUCUCUGAGCAUGUCUACGAGGAAAUCGGUGAUGCCCCCCCAUCAGUUUCAUCCACUGCCAACACAGCUGAGGACACAGAGUCUCUCCAACAGAGGAGGGCUGGGUUUCAGCUGUUGGAGGGCCAGGUGGGAGGUGGAGACUACCAUCAGCAGGAGGCCGUGGGCUCCCGCCUGCGCCACUAUGAUGAGCGUUCAGAUGGUGAAUCUGACAGCCCAGAGAAGGAGGCUGAGUUUGCACCGUACCCACGUGCUGACAGCUGUGACCAGGAAGAAGACAUUGAUAGCAUCGUAGCUGAGGUCAAAGAAAGCCUCAGCUCUCAGAGUCUUCAUUGUGCUGCUGAAGACAUCAUAGAUGAAGAAAAUGAAUUACCUCAGGAUGAAAGAAAGCCCCAACCUGAGCUCCAACCGGAGGCAGAGGCAUUGAGGAACAGUAAGGAGAAGAGGGAUGCCAUAUCCCUAGCCAUCAAGGACAUUAAGGAGGCCAUAGAGGAGGUUAAGAACAGGACAGUGAGAUCUCCCUACACGCCUGAUGAGCCCAAGGAGCCCAUUUGGGUAAUGAGACAGGACCUGAGCCCCACUGCAGAGUGUGACCUGCAGCCAACACUGGGGGGCGAUUCUCUUGGUUCAGACUCGCCGUCUCCUCCAGGAGCAGAGUCAUCCAGCAGACAUCUGUUGCAGGACGACAGCUUGGAAUCCUCUCCAUCUAGUAAAGAGUCCAGGAAAAGCCUUGCAUCCUUCCCCACAUAUGUAGAAGUCCCAGGCCCAUGUGACCCAGAGGACCUGAUUGAUGGGAUCAUCUUUGCAGCCAACUACCUGGGCUCCACCCAGCUGCUGUCAGAUAAGACACCGUCCAAGAACAUCCGCAUGAUGCAGGCACAGGAGGCUGUCAGCCGCAUCAAGACGGCCCAGAAAUUAGCCCAGAACAAGAAAAAGGCCUCCGAGGGUGAGCCUCAGCCCAUGACAGAGGUGGAUCUCUUCAUCUCCACCCAGAGAAUCAAAGUGCUCAACGCUGACUCCCAGGAGACCAUGAUGGACCACCCUUUGCGGACCAUCUCCUACAUUGCCGACAUAGGCAACAUUGUGGUUCUGAUGGCCCGCCGCAGGAUGCCUCGAUCUGACUCUCAGGAGAACGUGGAGGCCUCAGACCCGGGCCAAGAUAGCAAGCGCCAGUACAAGAUGAUUUGCCACGUAUUUGAGUCUGAGGAUGCCCAGUUGAUUGCCCAGUCCAUUGGGCAGGCCUUCAGUGUGGCUUAUCAGGAAUUCUUACGGGCCAAUGGCAUAAACCCUGAGGACCUGAGCCAGAAGGAAUACAGUGACCUGCUCAACACUCAGGACAUGUACAAUGAUGACCUCAUCCACUUCUCCAAGUCUGAAAACUGCAAAGAUGUGUUCAUAGAAAAAGCUAAGGGGGAGAUUCUGGGUGUGGUCAUUGUGGAGAGUGGGUGGGGCUCCAUCCUGCCCACUGUUAUCAUUGCCAGCAUGAUGCAUGCUGGACCUGCUGAGAGAUCUGGCAGACUGAAUAUAGGAGACCAGAUCAUGUCCAUUAAUGGGACCAGUCUAGUGGGACUGCCGCUGUCCACCUGCCAGAGCAUCAUCAAGGGUCUGAAGAACCAGUCUCGGAUCAAGCUCAACAUUGUCAGAUGUCCCCCCGUCACCACUGUACUCAUCAGACGGCCGGACCUGCGCUACCAGCUGGGCUUCAGCGUCCAGAAUGGAAUUAUCUGUAGCCUUAUGCGUGGGGGCAUCGCUGAACGGGGCGGUGUUAGAGUGGGCCACCGCAUUAUUGAGAUAAACAGCCAGAGCGUGGUUGCCACACCUCAUGAAAGAAUUGUCCACAUCCUGUCCAAUGCUGUGGGAGAGAUCCACAUGAAGACGAUGCCUGCAGCCAUGUACCGCCUGCUGACGGCCCAGGAACAGCCUGUUUACAUUUAACAAGUCAAAACCCUGAACUCACCGACCCUUUAAACCUCCUCGAAUCAACUGUCGCUCCCUAAGCCGACCCACUCAGCCCAGCACCCAUCCUCUACCUUUCUAGCCACAGCUGAUGGACUGCUGUAAGUUGUUUGCAGGAUUGUUCUGUUGCACAGCCCCAUUUCAAGUGCACAACACAGAACAACAUAGAAACCCACAUUAUCCAUCUAUACUGAUGAAAAGAUUUGUUUUUGUACUUUGGCUAAAGGUACAAUUAUGUUUACAAAUUAUGCAUUUUUAGAGGCUAGAAGUGCCUCAGAAUCCUCUUCAUUUUAUUUUCGAUGAAAAAAUGGAAACUUCACACACGUUAGAUACUUUAUUUCUAAGAGAUAAAAACUGAAACCUGAUCGUGGACUUGAAGGCAAUCAGCACAUCCAGCCCUGACCUUCACACCCUGACUAUACUUUCUGCCAUGCUGCUAUUUCAUUGGCAGAACACUGCCUGUGUCUUGUUAUUUUUCCUCCAUCAAUUUAUUUAUGUGCACUUUAUGCACUCAUGUUGUAGCUACAUUCCAUGGGACUGUAAUCCUCUCAGUAUACUUAACUUUGGUGGUUUUUGCACAACACUGAGUUCUCCACAAAAGGGAGUAUGUGAAUCUUGCUUACAAAUGACUGUGUGAACACACAACCUUGUCACAUUCCACACAUGUUCUUCUGCAUUUCUAAAGAGUCAACACUACAGCUCCAUUUGCAUGUCACAGUUCUACCAGGAAAGAUUUACAACACUACUGCAGUGGGUUCUUACAGUAGUUGUUGUGCUUCCAUUCAGUUUUACCUCUGUACAUAGCACUAGCAGUAGCUCCAGUCAGCAUGUAAUAUCCUCCAUUAUAUUAAUACCCCCCUUACACCACAGACUGGUGUCCAACCAGUGUGUCCAAACAAAGAGCUGACUCACAUGAGAGCUUGUUACACCAAACCUGAUGACCUAAGAUGUCCCUGCUUCAAGAUGUUUGUCCAAGAUGCAGGAAUAGAAUGUUAGUCACCUGAAUCCCAUCUUUGUCUAAGUACAGUACAGGCUGAUAAGUACAUGGUAUAUGAAUUCCAGAGAAAGUACAACUACACUAUAAUCUGUUGUACUGCACACAAAGGCAUCAUCAUUUGGCUCCCACAGAAAUAUAUUCUGCUGGUUGGACAAUGUGGAUCAUAUGGAGGAAACUUUGUGACUAUAAAAUACCACAAGGCGUUCACGUGCAUAGUCAGUUUUCUUACUGAGUUUUGUGGUCUGUGCUCUGCCCCGCCACAAAACACCUUACACCAAAUACAGUAACACUUAAACACACAGGAAUACAUUUCCACUGCACUGUUUCCAUGUGUACAAAAGCAGUCAUGUCAUGCUCACCACUCUGCUGCUCUCAUGUGCUUCCACUUAACUGUUUUUUUAACUGGUGUUGACUUGCUGUCAGUUAAACUUUUUUUACAUAGAAAAAUCUAUUUGGAAAGAGCCACUCUAUGGCUUUUAGUGUUUGGUAAAGGAGGUGUAAUUAACAGUAGCUGAUUGGUGAACUAAAUAACGAUAAAAUAGAACCAGUGAGUGAAAAGCAGAGAGCAGCAGAGUUGUGAGUGUAGCAUGAACUGCUGUACUGAUGAAUUAGUGCCGUGGAAAUGGACACUAUACUGAACUUAUCAAGAUGUCAGGUAAAUAAAGUGGGAUUCAAAAUUAAAAAAGGAGCUGAUGAGAAAAUGUUUUCUUAUCUUAUGAUUAACUGUACUCAUAAAUUAGGGGAAAUAAUGAUUUAUUUCCUGUCUCUAAUAUCUUAUUAAGGCCCGACUUUCUUCAUUCAGGGUAAAUAAUGGCCACAAACACCAUUUGAGCAUUUACAGUGACCAAGAAAUCCCAAGUGCAACCAUCACUGGUAACACCACUAGUUUUACUCAUUGAAGUGUAUUAAAAAGGUCUUUCGGGAGUUUUACUGCUUAUAUGAAAUUUUUUUUAAAAGUCUUUCGUGUCUUCAGAAGAGGCUGCAUUUAAUCUCCAGUGAUUUCACUCUGGGGCUUGGUUGCAUUGUGGGUAUUGUAGGCUACCAGGUUUUGAAAUGUAGACUGGACUAGCAUUGUACUCCUGUUAAUUUUACUGUUAGACUCAUUAUGGACAGCUCAGAAGGAAUGAUCAAAAUUGAUAAAGCAGAACCAAAGCAGAGAUUUCCAUGAAUUCUUCCUCCAGGUGCCUACAUUACCCACAAUGUAACUUGUGACUGAGUGACAUCACUUGAGGCAUACAUUUGAAAUGGUAUCUUUUCAUUAAUAUAAAACUUUUAGAAUUAAUUAAUUUUAGACUUAUUAAGUGUUGUUCAUACAUCAUAUCAAAUAUUACAGUGGCAGAAACAAAAAUAAGUAAAACCUUAGUAAAAAAAAAAAGAUGAAAGCAUGGAGUUGAGGGGUUAGAAGCAGCUUUAUAGAACUGUUUUACGGACUGGUUUAAAAUGGGGUCCUGAUUUACACAUCUGAUCUCUGAUCUCUCAGGCAGGGCAUUCCACACUCUGGGCUCUUAGAGCAAACACAUCUUCACCUUCAGCUUUGUCUGAUGAUUUCAGGCUGCACAUUUGGCCGUAAGGGGAGAACAGCUAUUAGAAAUAAGAAGGUGCCAAUUCAGACAGAGCCUUAAAGUGCUUUAAGACACAGGCAGCCAAUAUAAGGAAGCUUAAAUGGGGUGAUGUGGUCACAUUUGGUGGAAGCAGUUAAUAUUCUUUUUAUGUGGAUGUCUAUUUUAAGGUCUCAAUCAAAUAAAACACCAAGAGGCUUUAGUUCACCCAUGCAGUUGUACCCAAGACCUGUAAACACUUUAAUAUGUAAAAUUAGUGAACUUACCCCUAAAAGUCAAUAAACAGUGAAAUGAUGAAUGUGUUAAUUAACUUUCCAUGAAUUUGGUACAUGCCAGAGAGUAGAUCUGAAAUAUCACCAAAGACCUCUUCCAUAAACAUUCUUACAUGUAGCAUCAUUUAAUAGACACAUUUGUGAUUGGCUGACAGAUUGUAUUACCAGCUCAAUAUGUCAUUUGAUAUUAACAGAGUCAUUAUCAGGAGGAAGGAGGAACAUUAAAUGUGAAUGUAAAAUAGAUGAUUAGAUUGAAAUGACACUUUUUGAGUGAAGGUGAUAGUUGAAGUACAGUUCAGCUGACUUUUUCUCUGCAGUUAUUCAGAAGUAAUAAAUGUCAUUGAUCUGACCAUCAAGAAGAAUAGAAAAAAAGAGCUGUGGGUCAGAAAUAUUUAGUUUGCCCUCAACGUCACUUCUCUGUUUCUGCAGUUCAAACUGGUCAGGGGUUCAACUCCCAAAAGAAGUGCAGUGGGUUUAAAUGUUUUAAAAUCUGAAACAUGAUUAUUUUAAGGAUCAUGUAAUAAUAUUGUGUAUUUACACACCAAAUAACACAAUAACGUAGCUUGUUUUUCAAAUUUGAAUGGUGCUUAUAAGACUGGAUGACAACAUGACUGUACCUUUAAAUGACAACGUUACUAUAUGUUUUAUCCCAUUCUUUGCAUUACUGUUGAUCAUUUCCAAAGUGCAAUAUGAUGGAUUUUUUUUCCCCAUCUCCAACAAAAUCAGCUCAGAUUAACUUGAAACUUAGAGAAAUCUGUCACAGUGGACAUUGUAAUCAAGGUCUCAGUCAAAGUUGGGAAGUAAUUUGAAAUAAAGCAGCUGCCUCUAAAAAAGGAAGGUUCUGUUGUGUAAAAUGGAAUGUAGAAUGUAGAAGAAACAUGAUGGGCUAAAAGAGGAUUGUGGAUGUUCUUGAUUAUCUACUGUCUUGUGUAGAAGGUAAAAGUGCUGACCACACCUAACAUGAGUCUCAAAGACAGAAGCAAAGCAAGCAGGGAUUUUUUUUUUUUUGUUUUUUUUUUUUUUUGUUAAGCAAGCACUUUCUCGACAUCAUUUCUAUUUACCAGGAGGUCAAUUAUGAACCUUAUAAAUACAGUAAUACUAUGUUAGUGCUCGAGUUGUCCCUACUGGCCAAGAAUAGAAAGUUAUCAAAAGUUGUCUUUCAUGCCAAUUAAUUAACAAGUUGACUGGUAAAUGCUAAGAGAGCAGUGGUCAGAUAAAAAAAAAAAAGGUUUAAUAAAAUUGUUGGUUUGUAUGCUGUAUUACUGCAGUCACAAAAAAAUAUCCUAACCAUUGUGCUUCAUGUGCUUGUAAACUAUAUAAGAAUAGCUACACAUUUCAUGUGAACUCAAGUGAUAUUAGUUUGUUUGGACCAGAAGAAGAUGGGAAUUCAAAAACGAGAAUCUUAUUUCGUCUAAAAGAGCAAUUUGUAAGAUA